AUGUCGGCUGCUUUUCGCCUUCUUCUCUUGGCUUUCCUACUGGCUAGCGUGAAUUUGGCUUACGUUUUCCAGUUCGAUAUUACAGCAAAAUGUACCAACUAUCCGGAUAUGAAAGGCCGAAAAAAGUUGGUAAGUUUAUUCAACUUCUUGAACGUCUACUUUGAGAAAACAUGACUUCUUUUCAAUUUUUAGAAGGCUAAAGUCUAUGCCGGCGAAACGGAUUGUGGAUGGCAUGUGUUUCCGAGGGAUGGCCACAUCAAUUUCACUUGUUAUGCUGGUAUUUUCCCUAGAUGGAUGUACGUCCCUCAAAUCUAUCUGUAAGUCCCAGCCUUUGAGUUUAAAUUUUGUUAAAAUUUUGUUUUAAUUUUCUAAAAUUUUGUUUUUUUUCCAAGCUGCGCCCGAGGUUUAAUUAGACACUCCUUUCAGGCUGAUUUUUUUUUGAUUGUCGCAAAAACAUCAAAAUUUCCGUUCUUACUCUAAAAAAAUUACUCAUAAAAGCUUUUCCAAGCUGCGCCCACGACAUUUAGCUGGUUUAAUCGUAGACGUUUCAGCUACCACUCCUGCGAUGGAGUUUGCCGUCAAUACAAGUUUUGGGGAGAAAAAACUGGAGCAGAGGUCACUUCUGAAGGCGAGACUUUAUUUGAUCGAGAAUGCGAACAGGAAGUAUGGGAUUGA